GUUUCAAUACUCUGUUGCACCGCAAACUCACGAGAUGCCGGACUCGAAGGAAAUGGUCAAAGUAUUGUUCUUGAAUAGGACCCCGAUUAGCGAAGCAUUUUUGCCUAUUCUUCGGAAAAACGCGACUGUCAAUUUGGACGAUGAUGGAAGAAUCGUAGAAUACGACGAUGGAGAAUUGGAGUUGAGAGAGAAUCACAAAAAAGUGAACCCUCAAAUGAGUCUUCGAGCUGUCAAGGUGGAAAAUGCCGACGAAAAUUCAAAGAAUAAGGAAGAUCCCCAGUCUGUUGUUAAGGAGAAGACAACGACGCGUUUCAUCAAGCCGAAAAGUGAAUAUGUCUCGAUAUCAUCCGAUUCUGAAAGCGAAGAAGAUUCAGAUUCUGAAUGUUCAGAUUCUGAUAGCGUUAACGAGUUCUUCGCAUAUAAGCCUCCGGAGGCCCCUGAAUCAGCCAACUCAAUUCUAAAGUCGAGUUCAUGCAAGACUGAACAAGAAGACCACGCGGAGAUGUUUAAUGAAGAGAAACCAGACAUCAGUUUGAAUAACUCUUCUUCCUUAUCGAGCAGCUCAACCACUCUUCAAGGAACCACGGACUUUGUUCCCCCUUCCAGUACUAUGACUUCGAGUUCUGCUAUUCCGUUUUCUCGCCCAUUCGUCAGCGUCUCCGAUUUCGCGGACCAACUACAUCAUCCGAUGGUGAACGGUGCCGAUUUGCCGAUAGAAGACGUGAAACAAGAAACAGGAGAGAGCGGUGAGACUUUGUCAAGAACCCUUUCGAUGCAGAACGACCUCAGCGGUUUUGCGAGAGCAGUGGCAGAUAAUAUGAAAGAAAUGAAUGAUUUAUUCUCUCUUCUGAGGAACAAAUCAAACGAAAGCUCCUUCUCGAAUGCCAAUCUAGGACGCAAAAGAAUUGUGGACCACCUGAAAGUGUUUCAAGAAGGCAUGGUAUCGAUAGAUUCGUCACUGCAAGAUGUCCAGACUUCGAAAAAACUUCGUGAAUACAUUCAGUACUUGGAGCGAAACAAUGAGGAUGUUCCAAUGAAGAAGCUGAAACUUGCAAUCGACAUCAUAUCUUCCGACAUGUAUUAAGGUUUUUAAAUAUUUUUAAAGUAAUGGGAUAGUGCCACUUAAAGUUGUAUUUUUAUGCAUCCCGAUAAUUUUCGUGUAUAUUUUUUCCCUUUUAUUUGUUUUCCUUCAAAAAGUUUGCUGUUCAAGCGUUAUCAUGUAUAAUAAAUAAGUUUUAUUUU